AUGGAGCAAGAACUCUUGUCGCUCCUGGCAGACACCCAGUCGCCCAAGGCCGAUGCCAGAAGAGCUGCGGAGUCUCAGCUGGAAAGCCUUUACGCCCACGAUUCCUUCGCGAUCUCGCUCACAGCAAUUGCCUCUCACGACUCAGUCCCAGUCAACUUGCGCCAGUCUGCCCUUUCGGUCCUGCGUACCUUCAUUGCCGCCGCCUGGUCCCCCAUCCUUGACGAAUUCAAGGGACAGAUCCUCAUCAACGACGUGAAUAAGGCAAGUGUCCGCCAAGCACUACUGGUACUUGCGACGCAUGAUACACCUGAACGUAAAGUAAAGAACUCCGCAAGUUACGCCGUCAGCAAGAUCGCCAGUGCCGACUUCCCGGACGACUGGCCCGAGCUGCUCCCUUCGCUGUUGCGUAUUAUCAAUGAUCCCGCCAGUACCGAUGGCCAGAUGCACGGUGCUCUCAAGGUUCUUCUGGAUCUUGUAGAUACAGGUUUCAGCGAGGAACAGUUCUUCAAUGUCGCCCGUGAUCUCGUUUCGUCCCUUUUCGCUGUGGCCAUCGCCGAAUCCAGGCGACCUAUGCUACGUGCUCUGGCUGUCGCAGUCUUCCGCUCCUGUUUCGAUACCCUGGAAAUGGUUCUCGAACAACACAAGGAUGCUAUCAAGCAGUUCAUGGAUGAGGUGCUCAGCGGAUGGUCGCCAUUCUUCGAUGAAGCUUUGAAGGCACCCCUGCCGCAACCACCUAGUGAGGAGGAGGAGCACAAACAAGGAGAGAUUGCGUCACAAUGGAGAGGUAUCGUCGGGCUGAAAUUACAGAUUGUCAAGACUGUUAUGAAAAUCCGCAUGAUAUUCCCUGCUCUUUUGACAGCGCAGAGCACACUUUUCUUCUCAACAGUCUGGACAGAACUCACCAACGCACUUCCCAUCUACCAAAAUUUCUACAUUGAGGAGGAGAGGCAGAGCCGCCUGGAGGAUGCGGACGGACUUCCACACUCGCUCGAUUUCCUCAUUUUGGAGGAGCUGGAUCUUAUCCAGGCCCUGUUGAAGGCACCCCCCACGUCUAGCUGGCUUCCGGAAAUUAUGAAGCUUGCCAGCUCUUAUGCACAGAUCACAACCGAGGAGGAGGCUUUAUGGGAGAUUGACGUGAACAUUUUCCUUUCAGAGGAGACUUCUGUCACGGCCAACUACACCCCCCGAACUUGCAGCGGAGAUCUAGUGAUCAAGACUGGCGAAUGGCUGAAGGGUAUGGCAGCCGAAGGUCUCCUGAGCCACAUGAACACUCUCUUUGCUGAUUCGACUGUCUCAUGGAAAUCUCGGGAAGCCUCCCUUUACAUUCUUAACUGUUUGCUUCGAGACUUCGGUGAAGUAGACCAACAGAUCUCACCUGAACUGGCAUCUCACUUCACGCAAUUCGUGCAGUACGCGACCCAGCAAGAACAGGAGCUCUUGCGCGCUCGAGGAUACCUUGUUGCUGGAGCUCUGUCCAAGGUUGCCGGCGAGACAUUCCAACAGACUACAUCGUCCUACCUGGAGGCUACUUUGAAGGCGAUCGCCGAAGAUCCCGCCGAGGUGGUCCAGGUAGCCUGCAUUCGGGUCCUGCAAGAUUUGAUGCCCUCCCUGCCGACGGGGCUGGCCCGUCCCUUCCAGCCUGCUGUGAUUACGGCCAUAUCGGAAUUCAUCGCUGCACAUGAUCUUCGUGAGCAGGAUGACUCUGAUGACCUCAAGGUCACGCUGGCAGAAACCCUUCGGGACACUAUUAUGGCCGAUUCUAGUAUCGUCCUAUCGUCUACUGCCAUUGAUGUGCUGUUCAGCAUUGCUAGCAGCGGAGCCGAAAACUUCCAACUAACUAUGACUGUCACAGAAGCAUUCGAAGACAUUGUGGAUCAAAUUACUGAUAGUGGCCCCGAACCUUACAUGCGUCUUUGCGAGAAGGUGCUUCCCUCGCUGAUGGGUGCAAUUGAUGUGGGCAAUCUGACCGAGGAGAAUGCUUUGACAACCUUCGCGGCUGAUCUUCUUCGCGCUCUCGCCGAGCGGAGUCCCGAGCCGAUGCCUGCUGGCUUUGUGGAGACCGUGAUGCCAAAGUUAAACCACCUACUGCUUGAAUCUGACGAAGCAGAGUUGAUUCGACCAGCUACAGAGGCCGUGCGACACAUGCUCUCUCACGACUUUGCACAGUUUGUCGCUUGGCGUGAUCCUCAAUCUGGAAAGGAAGCACUCGAAGUUGUGCUGAUCAUCAUUGACCGCUUGCUGGACCCAGCAGUUGAUGAUAACGCAGCCACAGAGGUCGGCCAACUGGCUGCAGAGUUGGUUGAGCGGGCUGGCUCCGAGCGCCUUGGUCCCUACCUGCCGCAGCUUCUGCAAGCUGUGGCACAACGAUUGGCGACAGCGCAGCAAGCGCAAUUCAUUCAAAGUCUCAUCCUUGUAUUCGCGCGACUCACUCUCAUCAGCGCACGCGAGGUAGUUGACUUCCUAGCUCAGGUUAACCUGGGUGGCCAGAGCGGACUUGCCGUUGUCCUGAGCAAGUGGCUCGAGAACUCAGUCAACUUCGCCGGCUACGAUGAAAUCAAGCAGAACAUCUUUGCCCUAGCGCGACUGUACGAGCUCGCCGAUCCCCGCGUGGCCGAAGUCCCUGUCAAGGGCGACCUUAUCAUCCAGGAUACAGGCCGGAUCAAGACCCGCUCACAGGCGCGCAAAAACCCAGACCGAUUCACGACCGUGCGAGCACCGCUGAAGAUCAUCAAGGUCCUUGUUGAAGAGCUGGGUGCAGCAUCCGGCAACAAGGAAAUGGACGCUGCCGCCGCGGCGGCCUUGGAAGACGCCGACAGCGACGAUGGUGACGACGACUGGGAGGAUGUCCCCAGCCAGAUUCUGGACCUCGGUAUCGGAGCGUCGAAGCAGGGACUGAUGGACUUCGCUGAGGGUGGCUCCGAGAGUGUGUUUGGUGUGCGUCGCCGAGAUGAUGAAACGCAAGGCUUCCUGGCGGAUUUCUUCCGACAGGCCUCCACGCAGCCGGGUUUCCAAGAACUGUAUGCGGCGUUGACUCCGAGUGAGCAGACUAAGCUACAGAGUCUGUGA